AUGUUUCUGCAUGUGUAUCCUUGUGUUGACUCUCCAGGGCUGGCCCAGCUCACGGUGCCGGUGCGGCUGCCCCCCAGCGCCGCCGGGGCGGUGGACUCAGUGUCCUAUGUCCUCACCAUCGAGGGGAGGCUCUUCACCAUUCACCUCCAGCAGCAGGCCUUGUUGUCUGAUGACUUCAGGCUUUAUGUCUCUGAGCAGGAGGGACCUCUGCACCCUGAUGCAGUCCAGAUCAAGGGGGACUGCCACUACCAGGGCUUCAUCGAGGGCUUCCCCAGCUCAGCUGUGACCCUCAGCACCUGCUCAGGGCUCAGGGGCCUGCUGCAGUUUGACAACAUCAGCUAUGGGAUUGAGCCCCUGGCUUACUCUGCUGGCUUCAAGCACUUCGUGUAUCCAGUGAGUGCCCAGGACACAGCAGGCACCCUCCUGGCCAGCAGCCCCCGAGACAGAGAGGCAGUGGGGGUGGAGGUGGAGGAGAUGGCAUCCCAAGCACCUGGAGAUAAGGAACCCUUACCAGGUGCAGCUCAAUCCCCCAAGACCCUCAGAGUCUCGGUGGUGGUGGACAAGGCUUUGUACUCCUACAUGGGGGCAAACACCAACACUGCUGCACAGAAGAUAAUCCAGGCCUUCAAUCUGAUCAACAGUAUGUUUCAGCCUCUCAAUGUCAUCAUCCUGCUGUCCUCCCUGGAGGUGUGGACACAGGAGAACAAAAUCUCCACAGCAUUGGAGGCUACUGAGCUGCAGACAAGCUUCACAAAGUGGAAGAGGCUGCACCGUGCUCAUCAGGAGAAGGAUUUGUCUCUGCUGCUGCUGUACAAGGCCCGAAGAGCCAUGAUGGGAGCAACCAUGCAGGGGGCAGUCUGUGAGAGAGAUGGUGCUGGAGCAGUGGCUGUGUACCAAAGUUUCAUGACCCUGGAGUCCUUCUCUGUCCUUGUGACCCAGCUGCUGGCACACAGCCUGGGCAUGAGGUACGACGAUGCCCGCAGCUGCCAGUGCCGCACCACCACCUGCAUCAUGGACAGGAUGGCUCUCUUCACAGGUGGGACAAAAGCCUUCAGCAACUGCAGCAGCAAGGACUUUGAGACCUUCCUGAAGCAGGAGAGGAGCAGCUGCCUGUUCCACACUGGCAGGUGGAGAAGACCCUCCUUGGGCACAGCCAAAUGCGGCAACGGCGAGGUGGAGCCUGGGGAGCAGUGCGACUGCGGCGCUGGGGAGGCCUGCUCAAAGGAUAAAUGCUGUACUAGAUCCUGCCGCUUCAAGCCAGGAGUGAAAUGUUCCUCUGGGCCGUGCUGCAGUGACUGCCAGUUCCGGCAGCAGAACUCCCCCUGCCGCCCGGCUGCCGACCCAGAGUGUGACCUGCCCGAGGUCUGCAGCGGCUCCUCCGCCUCCUGCCCCCCUGACCUCUACCUGCAGGAUGGGCACAUCUGUGCGGGUGGCACCGGCUACUGCUACAAGGGACGCUGCCAGUCUCCAGAGCUGCAGUGCCAGAAGCUCUAUGGGAGAGAGUCCAGGAAUGCUCCCAUGGCCUGCUACGAGGAGCUCAACAGCCAGAAGGACAGGUUUGGGCACUGCGGAUUCCACCCCAGGAGGGGUUACCAGUCCUGUGCUUGGAGGGACCUCAGGUGUGGGAAGCUGGUCUGCACCUACCCCUCCAACCUUCCCUACCCCUCGGAGGCUGCUGCCGUGGCGUACGCCCGAGUGCGGCACCACCUCUGCAUCUCCCUGCACUACCUGAACGUGUCAGCACAGAGAGACCCUCUGCUGGUCCCCCCAGGCACGAAGUGUGGCUCUGGAAAGCUGUGCAUCAACAGCACUUGCCAGCCUCUGGCGGCCCUGGGGCAGGACUGUGCCAGCGCAGUGCAGUGCCACGGCCACGGCGUGUGCAACAACAGGGGGCAGUGCCACUGCCAGCCUGGCUGGCAGCCCCCCAACUGCCAGCGGAGGGACUCCAGGCUGCGGGGCAGCGGCGGCAGCCAGGAGGCAGCCGGUGGCUUCCUCCUGCUGCAAAAGCUGAAGGACACUAAGGUGAUCUCAGCCCUGCUGGGCACCUUCCUCUUCCUCGCCAUCGCCAUCACCUUCGGCCUCUACCGCUGCUGCAGGCAGAAGCCCCCAGGCACGGAGGGGUAA